AAGAAUUGGUCAAGUUACAGAAAGAACAUAAUGACAUUUUAGAAAAAAUGCAACAUACCCUUGAGGCUAUGAGAAAUGAAAAUAACGAACAAAAGCGAAAUUCAGAGGGUAUAAUACAACAGUUGAGAGAUGAUAUUGAAAGAGUAAAGGAAGAAAAGAAAACGGAAUUAGAAGAUCUAGGAAGGGGUUUUAAGGAUAAGUUACGGAAAAAUGAGUUAAAUUUACAAAUGGAGUUCAAAUCCCGUAAUGAGAUGGAAAUGGAAAGAUUAUCUCUGCUUCAUAAUACGGAGAAAGAAAGGUUAAUAGAAACAAUUAGAAGUAUGCAGACAUUUACAGAUAAAGUUGAACAUGAUUUAGUUGAAUUGAGACAGGCAUCGGAAGAUGAAAAACGGAUAAUUAAACAAGAUUGCGAGCGCGAAAUAGAUGUGAUUCGUACAGAGCAUACGAGACAAAUGGAUGCAAUGCUUAAAGGAGAAACAAAGGUUACCUUUACAGAAAUUCGUAAUCAACAAGAAAGGCAAAAGAGGGAAUCAGAAAAGAGAUUA